AGAGCUUGGCAAGGGAGGUCGCCGUCGCAAAGCUCUCUCCCUGCGGAGUUGUAUUGAAAAUGAAAGGGCUGAGUGAUUAGUUUAGCCUGAAUGGCCCGCCAUCCGUCAUAUUGUUAAUGACAUUACUCCUCUUGCUGCCGUCCCGUUCUUUCUGUGCAUGCGGCCAAUGUGCAGUUGCGUUCCGAGGCUAAUUCUCUAUGACUACAGGGGCGGAUAGAUGUGAAUUGUAGGAGCGUCAGCAAAAAAAGGAACGGGUCAGAGGACAACAUAGACGGUCAAGAAGAGCAAGGUCUUUGGCAAGGAGGACAUGGCGAACUGGACUCAAGCCUUAACGAUCUGUGUCCUGUGUUUCCUCGGGACCAGAGUUUGGAGCGCCCCGCCAGAAGGCCCGGACGACUCGGAGAACGAGGUACAAUGCAAGCAGACAUGUCCCGGAUGUUGCCCGAUGGGUGCGCCAGGCAUGCCGGGAAGAAACGGAGUCCCGGGACAAAACGGCUAUCCUGGUAGCAAUGGCUUCGACGGAAUAGCUGGGAAAGGGGGCACCAGGGGUGUCCGUGGGGUGAACGGGAUCCGGGGACAGAAGGGGGAACCAGGAGACUCCGCCCCGGACCUGGUGGCCAGUCAGAACAUCAAACACUGCGUCUGGGACAGGAUCAAGGACGACAGGGAUUCUGGCACUAUCAAGAUCUGCCGUUUCCACAAGCGUCAGAUGAACACCACUAUGCACGUGACGUGGAACGGCUCCCUGCGCGUGCUGUCCACCAAGGAGUGCUGUAAGCGCUGGUACUUCACCUUCAACGGCAGGGAGUGUCUCACCCCGGUCCCAAUAGACGGCCUCACCUUCACUAACGGUGCAGAGAGUGUCAACAUCCACAGAGUUACCACAAUUGAAGGGCUGUGCGAGAACGUACCCCAGGGACCGGUGGACGUGGCCUUCAACGUGCAGGACUGUAGAGGCUACAGUGGGGGAGAUGCGUACACCGGAUGGAACUCUGUCUCCAGAAUUAUCGCUGAGGAACUUCCGGUCACUGCUGAGGAAGGGACAGAGUAAGAAGAGCCAGAUGAAACUGCUACUGGGCUAUCCCACUGACAAUAUUCUGGGGGUGUUCUCUAAUAAGGGGAUAUCUGGAUGUGUGACGUAGUAAAGAAGGUGAAAAUUUGAAGUAAACGGUCUGAAAACAUCUGAAGCAAAGAUUUAUAGAUUGACGAUAUGAAAUUGAUUAGGAAUCUUGUUAUUGGCCAUGGGAUAGCCAUUAGGUACGUAACAUGUACAAUCUAUGCUAAAAUAAGAGUUUUAGAUAGCUUUGACGAAAUCAUGGGUCAGUGUCUCAAGCGAGAAUUCAAUAUGAAAGAAAAUAUGCAAAUUAUUGUUAAUUGUACCGCGGCUAUGAAAAUGAAAUGUUGUCUUGCUGCCACUAUCACAUGUGUACCCGCAAAGGAGUUGACUGGUCCUGUAAGCUUGACACUUAUAUAAACCUGCAGCUGGUACAUGUGUUGUACUUUUCAGAUAUAAAUAAGUGCUUCUCUUCUAGCGCACGGAUCACAAAGCAGGAACGAAUUGGGCAUAUAUAAAUUUGUCAAAGUUUAUAUCUUUAUGUGGCGUCAAUUCUUAUAACAUUAUGGAAACUUGAAUUUCUAAACUAGAAUUUUGAUGCUGGUCACUUGACAAACAUAAGUAUGAAUAGAAUAUAAAUCACACUUAUUUCCCACCAUCAAUUAAAACUUUAUAUAGACAUUACAACGUAUAAUGAGUCUGCAAUUUUCCCAGUUUUCGUGAAUAUUUUGUAAAAGUUCGUAUACAAAAUACGUAUUAUGUGUCAAGUUCAUGUAUAUCAUGUUUAGUAUACUCACAAAUAUAUCGAUACCAUGCAAGUAGUUGUAUAUCUUCUAUAUGACGUUCUGUAAGAAGAACCUCUUUCAUCGCUACCGAAUGUCUUUCCAAUUGGUGAAGACUGCAUUGUAGAUCAAGUUAAGGAAUAUGUAUCUUGAAUCAUUAUAUCUAUUUAAGUAUGCAUCUAUUGUAACAAUUCAUGUCCUUAUACAUCUGUAUACAAUUCACUUUUUUACAUAAAAAAAGCUUGCUGACGCUGAUUUUGUGAAUACAUUGUAGUUCAAUUCAUAA